UGGAUUAACACGAGACUUGACUUUCUUCCGAAUUGGCGGGUGAAAAAGAUGAAAAUGUCAGCGGCUGAGAUGAGCCCGGUCCUGAAGGAGGGAGAGCUGGAGAAGAGGAGCGACAACCUGCUCCAGUUCUGGAAGAGGAAGACGUGCGUCCUGACCCCCGACAGCCUCAACAUCUACGCCGACACGCACAAGCGCUCCAAGGGCAAGGAGCUCAAGCUGCAGUCCAUCAAGAAGGUGGACUGCGUGGAGAGGACCGGCAAGUUCGUCUACUUCACCAUCGUCACCACGGACAACAAGGAGAUCGACUUCCGCUGCUCGGGAGAGGAGAACUGCUGGAACGCGGUGAUCACCAUGGCUGUGAUCGACUACCAGAACCGCAAGGCGAUCCAGGACUUUAAGAGCCGGCAGGACACGGAGAGCGCGUCGCCGGGGCAGCAGGAGCGACGCAUGGCGAGGGCGCCGUGACCCCCGCCGAGGGCACACGCAGCUCCUUAUAAGCGCCACUGUGGACCACACAGACACCGGACCAAAAGGAAGACCAUGUCCUCCGGUCCAGAGAUGAAGGAUUGUGGACUGAGUUACAAGGACUCUCAUCUAAAAGAAAAUGAAAAAAAAAAGCACAUGACAGAGAUCUUCAGGACUGAACCGAGAAAAAAGAGCGAUCUCUGGAGGAGUUUUCUUUUUUCCUCUGAAAAAAAAAGUUAAUUUAUUUGUUUGUUACUGGCAAACGCCUGUGUUUAAAUUAUUUGCUAUAUUUCAAAGAGUGUAAAGAAGUGUGUAUUUAUUGUAAUAAAUGUGUUGGAGAUCUUUUUUGACAU